AUGGAAAAAAAGAAACAAUCAUCAAUUCAUAUGAUUCAUUUAACUGAAUCAUCAAGUAAAUUUUUUCAUGAUAUUCCAAAUCCAUUUGAACGACGUCAAUUUGCUUUUCGAGUUUUACCCGAAGAAAAAGAUCCAAUGAGUCGAGCAAAAAAUUAUUCAUUUAUCAUGUCUACAUUAAAACUUCGUCUUCAACAAUUAAUAACUACAAAUUUAUGGGAAUAUAUUAUGUUCAUUUUAUCUAUUUGGUUAUUUAUUUCUUUAUUAAUUGUACAUAAAAUACCAGAAAUGAGAAUAUUUUUCGAACUUACACAUGAAAUUACUCAAGCGGCACUAUUUAUUGAAUUUGUCUAUAAUCUUUUUGUAUCUGAUCAUCUUGGUGUACCACAAAUUAAUAGUAUUCAACGACUUUUUCGUACAUUACAUGCUAUUCGUUUAAUACGUAUUCAUAGUCUUUUACGAUUUGUUCUUGAAACAAUUUUUAUUGCUUUAUCUAGUAUCUAUAAUACAUUAUUACUGGAAUUUGUUAUUGUAGCAGUUUUUGCAUUACUUUCAAUAGCUUUUGAAGGUGAUAAAUCAUUUUGGGAUUCCGGUACAUAUGAACCAUAUGAAAAUUAUACUGAAGCUCUUUAUUCAUAUUAUAUGUGUAUUACAUUGGAAGGUGUUAGUGAAGUAGCUGAACAAAUUUUACAAUUAGAUUCACCACAAUUUACUACUGUUAUUGGAUUAACAUUUUAUAUAUUUGCUGCUUUAGCUACAUAUAGUGUAGGACAACUUCUAGCAGCUGUUGUUGCUACAACUCUUGGUAAAGCAAUUGAUCAAAUAACACGUAAUAAAAGCUCAGCAACCAGUCAACAUUAUAAUACAAAACUUCUUGGAUUACAGCGUCCAUCAAUUAAUGAAAACAAGAUAUCAAUGUCUCGUUGUACCAAUGUUGAUGAAAUUCAAAAUUUUUCUCAAUUAAAACCUGAUGAUCUUGCUUUAUUAAUAAUACUUUUUCAAACUCUUGAUAAAAAUAUAAUUGAAUAUGAUAAUAUCUUACGUGAUAUUCGUCACAUUGGUGAAUAUAUUUCCAAAUCUAAUAAGAAAAAAACUUCAUUCUCAGCACAUUAA